GCCUGAACCAGCAGCGUAUCACCCAGAGUGCUCCUGGUAAGCAGGGGAGCCAGCUGCCUUCCAGCCCACAAAGUGGAGGAGUCAUGGGGGGCAGCAACCAGAUAAAGCUCCAGCAGCUGCAGAUGGAGAAGGAGAGGUUGAGACUGAAACACCAGGAGCUGCUCUGCACCAGACCACAGGAGCUUGCUCUGAGGAACCAACUGCCCACCAGUAUGGAGCAGGAUGGGGGAACCCUUAACCCUGUGUCGUCCCCUGGGAUGGGCCAGGACGCCAGAAUCAUGACCACCAACAGCAAUGACCCAUUCCUCAACAGUGGGACCUACCACUCCAGGGAUGAGAGCACAGACAGCGGUCUGAGUAUGAGCAGCUACAGUGUCCCCCGUACCCCCGACGACUUCCUCAACAGUGUGGACAGUGUCCCCCGAACCCCUGAUGACUUUCUCAACGGUGUGGACGAGAUGGACACAGGGGACUCCCUGCCGGUCUCCAUGGGAACACAGCCCAGUCGUUUCCCUGACUACCUGGACGUCAUCCCGGGGACAGAUGUAGACCUUGGCAUGCUGGAGAACAAGAGCAUGGCCAUGGAGGGGGAAGAGCUAAUGCCUAGUCUACAGGAAGCCUUGAGCUCCGACAUCCUAAACGACAUGGAGUCAGUUCUGGCAGCCACCAAGAUGGACAAGGAGAACUUCCUCACAUGGUUAUAGACCAAGCCGGACCUGGGCCUGCUCCGUUGAUAAGCUAUAGUAUACAACAUCGGUUUACAAACUUUUUUGCUUCUUGACCCACCAAUUGAGGUUGGUGUUUAGUCAUGACCCACCAAUUGAGGUGGGCGUUUAGUCAUGACCCACCACACGAUUUGAGCAGUGGAACAACAUGCUCUGACCCGCAGGUAUAUAGGAGAGAGGAGAGGAGCCUGGGAUGAGCUCCUAUGGGCUCUAUAGGAGAGACACUGCUCUUCACUCCUAUAGUCCACACGUUUACCUGCUGCCUAGUCAAACUCUCAGACCAGUGAACGAUGUGUAGUUGCCUUGAUUAAACCAAUCAUAUCUUCCUCCUUCCUGGAUGUGAAUGAUAUCUGUCAAUCAGGCAGCAUACAUGUUAACAUGGCCGACUGAGGCACUGCUAUUCUGUUGUUUCUAUAUCUUUAUUUUUCUUGUCUGUGUCUUCAAGGCUGGCCUGUGAACACACAGUUUAUUCAAAGGUCCCCGAAUCUUUUCACAUGGCUGGCAUUCUCAAUCUGUCCAUCAUCUUUACCUGGUGCUUGUUUGUUUCUCUACCACACCUUUACAUCUAGGGUGCCUUACCUGCUGGCCGGCAAGGCAAGGGGCUUGCUGCUCUCCUUAUCCCCCAACCUCCACAUCUGAUCUGGGUGGCUGCCUGCCUGUACUCCUCUCACCUUGGCCCCAGGCUUCCUGACAAUAGCAUUCAAGCAUUGUAUUAUCCUGCCUUUUUUUGUUUUAAUUCAUGUAUUUUACAUUGUUGUUUUAAAAAGGUUUUGUUUUUAAUGAUGAGCCUGAGAAAACCCAAAAUGAUAUAUCUGAAGUUGUGUAAAGAACUGUAUUGAUUUGGAAGGUUAGUUUAGGUAUGUUAGGUUAGGGCUUCGCCCCAAAUGGCACAUAUUCCUGACAUAGUACACUACUAUGGCCCCUGGUAGUAGUGCACUAGAUAAGGUAUAGGGUGCUAUUUGGGACCUAGGUUACACAAGCUGAAGUCCCAGUUAGGACAUGUUAGCUCUGUGUGGUGGUGAUGGGGGAUGGGCUGUUGCCUGGAGCCAGGGCCGGGGACCUCGUAUACUAUACUAUACUAUACUCAGUGGUGGAAAAAGGACCCAAUUGUCAUACUUGAGUAAAAAUUAAAGAUACCUUAAUAGAAAAUAUCUCAAGUAAAAGUGAAAGUCACCCAGUAAAAUACUACUUGAGUAAAAGUCUAAAAGUGUUUGUUUUUAAAUCAACUUUAGUAUCAAAAGUAAAAGUAUAAAUCACUUAAUAUUCCUUACAUUAAACAAACCAGACCUCACCAUUUUCUUGUUUUUUAAUUUACAGAUAGCCAAAGGUACACGCCAACAUAAUUUACAAAAGAUGCAUGCGUGUUUACUGAGUCCGAAAUUUGGGGUUUGCUGAGAGGAAGGUUACCACUGCCUCAAAAUGAGCUAUAUCUAGUAACAAAACAGAGGAAAAAGCAAAGCAUUAGUGUUUACUCCGCCCAAAAUCUUCUUCUAUGGUAUAAUGGCGGUGUGCAAAACAUACAAAUCAUUAAAAUCCACACAGAAAAUAUUUACACAAGAAGCAAUCUAAUAUCACACAGUCAAAACUCUCCGUCGUUUAGUUAAGUUCACCAUUCUGCGAUUCUCAAAUCAGAGGCAGUAGGAAUGACCAGGGAUGUUCUCUUGAUAAGUUUGUGAAUUAGACUAUUUUCCUGUCCUGCUAAGAAUUCAAAAUGUAAGGAGUGCUUUUGGGUG